CCUUCCUCGACCAUCGCGCCUCCACCACCCGGACCACCAACCCAUCCUCCCUCCACCAACACCAGUCCCCGCCGCCUCAAUCCACCACCCCGUCUCCCAACCAUCACGACCACCUCCCUUCCCGGCCCCCCUCCAGCCAGCCCCAUCCCCUCUUCGGCCAUCUCGACCACCACCUCCCUGCACACCCCGACCACCCCCAUCUCCGCCACCAGCUUAAUUACCCCGUUCUCCCCGUAUGCGGUCGCUCCGCCCCCUACAUCGGCCGUUCCGUCAGCUGCGUCGAGAGGGAACUCGCCCAUGGCGAUGAGGCCGGCCGCAAAUGUUCUGCAGGCGUAUAAUCCGCAGGAAUGGGCGAGGGGGAGCGGUGGGGGGAGUGGGAGGUAUGUACCGCAUCGGGGGAGUUCGAGUGCGAGUGCGAGUGGGAGGCGGAGGACGAGUGAAGUCACAGGAAUGGAAGCCAGUCUGCCAUCACCACCUCCUCCAUACAGCCCAGCUGGAUCUUCCAACCGACCGAUUUCCAGCGUCUUCCCGGCGUCAUCCUACAGCUCUUCAUCAAGAAACUCCACGGUAGUUUCUCCACCUGAACCCAACCGUUCCUCACUUCAUAUGGUCGCAAGGAACUCACCAAGCUCGACAUCAGGGCCAGCGUUCCCACCUCCACCAGGCACGACGCCUCGAGAUCGGUCAACGUCGAGAAAUCGGGACAAGCAUAAGUUCUCGUUAUCUGCAUUGACAUCACGAAAUCGGAAGGAGGAUGCACAGCCGAGCUUGGGUGCUAUCGAUGCGCUACGGCAGCAUACUACAGAUGCGGUCUCAAGAACAUCAGGCCCAAGUGCAACGCCACUCCCCUACCAGCACCCCGAUGAUGUCCCGUUCGACGCUCAUCCACCUGCCGCCCGUCGUGCCGCUUCAACCGGCUGUAUCCCCGCCCACGGCACCGACACUCGCCAACGCGGGACCGACUCGCCAUCAAAUGUCUCCGUAUCAUCCGCCUGGGGGCCCGGCAUGCCGCUCCCACCACCGCCCCCAGGACCACCGCCCAGCACAUCUCGCUCCAUGAGCAUGGACCGCAUCACCGAAUACUCCACUCGUGACGUAAUCCGGUUGAAGACACCCGCGCCCCGACGACCGCCGAAAAUCGUUUCCACGCUCGACCCGAUACCGCCGACCCCGGCUGGGUGGGUGGACGGACAGUCGGAGACGCCUGGGUCGGGUGCUGCCGGCUUCGGAGAGCAGGGGCAGACGCCGCGGAGCGAAUUCGACCACAGUCCGCAAACGGAGAUCCAUGUGGGAGGCGAUCCCGGCCCGUCAUCAAGGUCGGGGAGUCUGAAUCGAACCGGGGCCACGCGAGGCAUUAGAGAGAGGAGAAGCGAGUCAAGAGCGGCGAAGGAGCGGAGUCGUGAUGCUGAGUCUCCCAUCAGCAAUAACCCGUGGGCAGCGGACAUGGAAGGAUCGACCUCCGCCGCGGUUUCAUCGAAUAUGCCGGCCGAUCUUGUUUUGACACAACCCUCAUCGUUUAGCUUGUCGAGACGCCGAAACGUGAAGUUACCGUCCCCGAAACUGGGACGAACAUAUAUGCCAGAAGGACCGCGCCGGUCUAGUGUCGGACAAGACUCGAAACCUGAUGAAUCAAGUGGGCCUGCUCUUCCGCCUAAAGAACCUCAUGGCUCCCGCCCAGGGCUGGCCGCGCUGGUAAUGCCACAUAGCGGUUCUAGACCCGUCUCUCACAUUCUUCACUCCCCUAACGACGAGAAUCUCAACAUGGACCCGCUCAUCCCAUCAGGGCUCAAUUCCACCAACUCCACCAUAUCUCCACGCAAUGUCGACGAGUCCGACUUCAUCCGCUCCGCCCUCAAUCGCCAUAAAGAAUUCAUCCGCCGCGAAAGCCUCGCCAAAACCGACCGCGACCGUAUCCAGCUCUUCGCCGACUUCAUCGUCACCGAAUCCCGGCUCCGUCGGGACCGAUACGCCACCGCCUUCGACGGCAUGGCAGGCGAAGUGCUCGACCUGACCCGCGAUCUCUGGCGCUCCUACGGCAAAGCCAUGCCCACCCCGACCGCCACCCCACACGCCGCCGAAUCCGCUAACAAGCCCCAAAGCACCGUCACCGAGUCCUCCGUCGACACAUUCGCCGGCAGCAUGACCAGCCCCGGCAUGUCCAGUGCCAACGCUACCCCGCUGACCGACGGAGAGUCCCCGGGCAGCCUCCCAUCAUCCGGCGGCGUGCGCGAUUCGCGCUUCUGGGGUGAAUAUCAUCCUUCCCUUUCGCCCAUCCCAAGCAUGCCCGCCCAGAGCAACGGGCCCGACGAGGAGGACUCCCGCGGCCGCACCGCGAGCAGGUGGUGGGAAUCUUCCUCCUCCCAGGGGCCGGCUGGCCCGCGCAUUGAGCGGUCGAAGCGCGAGAGCAAAUACAUGGGCGUCCCGCGGGAGGCGCGGGAGGAGCUGCAGUGGGGCUCCGCCGUGGAGCCGAGCUCGGAGGCAUCGUUGCAGGCGGGACCGCCGGCUGUGGCGAUGGCGAAUAAGCAGCCGGUUGCAGAAUAUGGGCCGAAUGAGUACCCGCCGGAGAAGGUCGGGUGGCAUGAGACGUUGCCAUUGGCCGGGGCGAGCAAUUCAAAUCAGACAUAUUGGUCGCAUUCAGCGCCGGCGACGCCGGAUCCGCAUAAACUAGACGUAUCGCGGCUAGUGACUCUGCCGCCGCCGUAUCCGCGUCAUCAUCCAGCGGUGAACAACAACCAUCCAGACCUAGCGCCGAUACGGACGAUUUACCGCACCUUGGCGGACAUGGACGACAUCCAUCAGGUGGAGGAGAAGUUCCAACUCGAGCGGGCGCAGGUCCGUGAACAGCGGAACCACGACGCGCUGGAGCGGCGGAAGUCACUCCGCCGCAACAUCGAGACGCAGCUGGCGUCGCAGAUCAUGACGUAUUCGGAUGCGGCGGGGGCGGAGGCGAACUUCGAGUCGACGGAGGGGCAGGUGGUGCGGGAUGCGGCGAAGGAGGACUUUGCGGCGCAUCAGAAUGCGGUGAUGAAGCCGCUAGAGGCGUUACUCAAGGAGCGGAUCACCAAGGCGGCGGCGAGCAUCGAGCAUCUGCGGUCGGGGCUGUUCAACGACGCUCAGAGCCGGUCGCCGAACCAGCCGCAGGAAGAGGGCGACGAGCGGCCGGAGUUGUUGGAGAAGCUGACGUUGCUGAAGUGGCUGUUCGAGGCGCGGGAGGCGCUGCAUCGCGAGCUGUUCAUGCUGGAGGGACAGCAUAACGAGCUGUACAAACCCGUCGUGGUAACCCCGUACGUGCUCGCGCAGAACAACGAGAAGGUGCGCGAGGUCGAGCAUUUCUUCCGGCAGGAUGCGGCGGAUCGGAAGGUCGCGUUCGAGAAAGCGUCCGUCAAGCGCCUCGAGGAGUUCAUGGCGGUGGUGGAGGAGAACGUGACGCGCGGCGUGGAGGUGCAGCUCAGCGCCUUCUGGGACAUCGCGCCGGGCCUGCUGGCAAUCGUGCAGAAAGUCCCGAGCACGCAGGAGGGGCUGCGCGGGUUCGAGGUGCUAGUCCCGCCGCAGGAAUACGCGGAGAAUGAAGCCUACGACCAUCAUCCGCUACAGUACCUGUACACGGUGCUGCUGCACGCGGAGAAGUCGGCGUACCAGUUCAUCGAGAGCCAAACGAACCUGCUGUGCUUGCUGCACGAGGUGAAGACGGCGGUGAUGUUGGCGGAGAGUAAGUUGGUAGAGACGGCGCGGGUGAUGGAGGGGGAGCGGAAGGAGGAAGUGGAGCAGGAGAUGAGCAUGAUUCGGAAGGCGGAGGAGGGGACGUUGACCGUGGAUUUGAAGGAGAAGGUGGAUGUUGUGGAGGGGCAGUGGAGGGAGGCGUUGGGAGCGAGGUUGAGGGAGUGUCGGGGGCGGGUGGAGCGGUAUUUGGGGGAGACUGGUGGAUGGGAGGAUGGGUUGAGGGAUUGAAGCGUUUGAUUGAGCGGGUCGAAAAGGUUCUUCUUGGAUGUUUAGAGCGAUCUAUGAAUCGAUUUGGAGUGUACGUCUUGACGAAGUUUAUGAUACCCUCUUGUUCAGUGCUGGACGAUAUCCGUUGGAGCCUUAUAAAUAGCUUUUCGACACGUAUAUUUAUUUAUUGAAGUCCGCUAUGCU